GUUGCUGUGUGGGCUGUGUGCAUGUGUUUUGAUAAAUCGGUGUUGAUAAAGGUACAACAAGAAAAUAAGACGAUUGUUUUAAAUGGCAACGUACGACAAUAAAGCUUGGUUGCUUAAAAAUAUCAGAGAUGCCUUUAUUGCCACCGACGACACUGGUUUAUGUGAAAUCGUGAUGUCAGGAGAAGAUUUCUCAAAAAUAUUUCAAAACAAAGCUAUUGAAGAAAAGAAGCGAUUAAAAGAUAAAGCACAGCAUAAACCUGGUACAAGCAAAGGUAAAGAUAAUAUUGAGAAUGACGACGAAAAAGACAUUGCGACACAAUUUGAUCCAUAUCCCGACAUGGAUGACAGUGACGAGGAUCCCUUAUACGGUAGCUGGUUCAGACAUGAAGAGUUUGCAGGACAUAGGCAAAGAUCAAAUACAUCACAAUGGUUAGAUAAAAAAGAGUUAGCUUUAAAAAAGGCAGCAAAAAUAAAAAUAAUCAAAUGGGAAGAUCCACAAACAGAGCUGACAGAUGAGCAAAUUGCUGAAGCUUUUGGUAAAGUUCAAAUUAAGAAGCCAGAGAAGAAGAAAUCUUUACUUUCAGAGCAGCUUGAGAAGUGCCCAGAAUUACCUCAUCGGCAAUAUUUGGAGUAUGCAAAGUUUGAUGGGACUGCACAAUUGGGAUUACCUACAAAAACAUUUAAAAUUUUCAUGACAAUGUUGCCAGAGAAACAUCAAAACUAUCCUCUAAUUGUCUGUGUCAUAGCAAAUGCAAAAAUUAAAGAUUUAAUUGGGUUCACAUGCUACAAAUACAGCAUAGAAAACCCAGAGACACCACUUGGCUCAGUUCAUGAUUACGGACUUUGUAUAGCAGAGGAUGAUGGGGAGGUUGAUUGGGCAUUUCCAUGCUUAGACAAUAAUGAACCAUGUUCCAAAUUUGGAUUUACAUGCCUUGGCCUUAUCAACUUAAAACAUAAAGUUAGUGUUGUAACACAGCCUAUACUUGACAUGGAGAUGAAUUCAGCAUUCCAGUGUUUCCCAAAGGCAUCGGUGUCAGGUCAUAGCAAUGUUAAUUCUACACGACAGCACACGGGUGAAAGUGAUGAAAUUAUGAGAGCAAUAAAUGCUGUAACCGAAGGUAACAAAGGGUUUGGCUUCCAGUCCACCCAGCCGAUCACGGAUGCACCGCAGGAUAAACUCUACAGGGUACAGCUGUUGCACAAGAUGAGAACAAGCACACCGGUGCAGCUUGGCAUCACUUUAGAUCAAAUUGAAGUUGUACCAGUUGUUACACAGAAACAUGCAUUUUGGUCACGACCAAAAUAUUUAUUGCACAGUAUGAACUCGGUUGCCUGGUGUCAAGAAUUAGAAUCUAAAGGCAACAAGACUGCAUUCCGUAUUGUAUACUCUCCGAGCCAUGAUACUGGGUUUAAUGAUCGCUUCAAUGUUGGUAAUUCAAUUGCAUUCCAACAAUCAAAUAUGUAUAAAAGACAUGACUUUGAGUGUGAUCAGGAGACGGCCAAGAAGAUAGUAGAGAAAGUCAACACAAUACUAGAGUUAAGAAAUAGUCCAUGUAGAAGAGAAUAUAAGAACGCCAAAGAGAAGAAACUCCAAACACGGCGUAGCUUUCCCACUAAACAGCUAAGUUGAGUAAGGUUUUGUUAUAAUGUAGCUAGAAAGUUCCUCAAUAGAUUCCGAAGCGACUGAUUUUACUGGUGCAAUUAUUAUUUUUGUUCUUAUUGGUAAUUAUUUAUAACACAUAAUCGGCUCUCCCGUUAUUGGGUGGACUACUCAAUACAAUAUACUAUCGAUGCCUUAAAAUUAUAAAUAGCAAUAACUAAAUCUGUUUAAUGAAAUAAAUUGUUAGUGUAGUAUAAAUAGUAAUACUAGUCACAUGCUGUAGUAUUAUUAUACUUUAAUUUCAAUUAGUACCAUAUUACUUUUAAUAUUAGUCAUAUCAUGUAGAUAACUGCCAGAAGAAAAUACUACUGCCAAGUUUUAUUUGUUAUAUAUGCAUCUCUUGCAACAAUUAUUGCCUUAAAAAUCAAUAAAUGUGGAAUUUAAACUAAAGUUAGACUGAGAUUUUUUAACUAUAACCUCCCUAUAUGAUUAAGUUCCUGUAACACAAAGACUUAAAAUUGCACAGGAAAAGGUGUGGUCCUGUUUUAUACAUAAUAUAAUAUGAAACAUUGUUUAAUUAAAAUGGUCCACAACAGUGCCUCCCGUAGGUUUUCAUGUAUAACAAUGAAAUGAAUGAAAUGGAAUGUAUUGAAUGAAUUCUUAUUUUAACCUGUAUAAAAUAAUUAUGUGAUUCACAAUUAAAUGAAAUAUAUCAUUGCAAGGGUAUGUAAUUAAUUUUAUUUAUAAUUUCCUAAUUAUUAUAAUGAUAAUUUAAUUUUUAUUGUACUUAGGGUUCAUAGGUAAUAUUAUAAUAAUAUAUACCUAUUGAAUAUUCACAGCAAAUACCUUUUUGGUAAAUUUUGUUCCAUUGUCAAUGUCAAUUUUAUUUUAUACUCAAUGUGUUAGUUUACAUUUUAUGUUUGUGUAAGUAUAUUAUUUUAAAUGUAAUAAUUGAACCGAGUUCAAUGUGUUAUAUGUUAUGUUUAAUUUGCGCUGGCGUUGUAUAAACAAUAUCGAAUACAUGUGCAACAGAUAUUUGGACAUUUAAAUACGUGAAAAUAAAAUAGUCUAUUAAAUGAAAUUUGUAAACUUUCAAUGUAAUUAUUUAAAUAUUUACUGAUAUUAUUAUUUGGUAUGGAACAUUUAGAGUUAUAUUGUUCAUGAUUAGUUAUAAUGACUUCUUUAAAACAUUUUAUUUUGUUAAAUUUAUAACAUUCAAAAUAAACUACUCCUAACUUAUUUUAAUUAUCAACCCUCUUGGGUUGUAAUGUAAUCUCAAACAAAGUAAUGCAUGUAACUUACAAUUUUUAAACACAAUGAAUUACAAAUUAAUGAAAUUAUGUGCUUGAAUGAUAUUGGUACAUUGCCGUUAAAUGAAAUGUAUGUCAGUGAAAUAAAAUUGUUACAAAUAAUAAA